GGCGACCUCCACGUUUCGUGACGGUCACACCAUUAGGAUCUCGCGCUACUCUGAAAAUCACGUAAAUCGACUUUGCAGAAUCUCCGGAAAAUCCAUUCUAGGAUUUCCAGCGGCUCAUUCGUGCACAAUCGAUCCUAUCCCUAUAUAAUCGUCACUAAACGAUCAAAAUCAAGAUGUUUGAAGUAUACUGUAUAGCAGAGCGGCUCAGUCGGUAAGUAAACAAACAGCGUCACCAACUCGUCAAGUGCACUUCAGUUUCAGCGAGUAGUAUAGGCACUACCUAUAGGCAGAGCAGAGGUGCAGAGAGCGAGAGCCGAGAGCUGCACUGGCAUGGCAGCGAGAGAAUAUGGUUGAGGAAAACGGAGCUCAGUCGUAGCCCGACUGCCCGACACAAAGCGCGGGCAACAUGGCGAACGUGCGGGACAGCGAUACAUCGCUGUGGCUCCACAACAAGCUCGGCACCUCGAACGACAGCUGGACAGGCAGCUCGAUUUGCUCGCAGCUCAACGCCGAGGUGCUGCGCAACAUCAAGGACUGCUUCCCGGACCUGCAGACCCAGGUCAAGCUGAAGCUGCUGCUGUCCUUUUUCCACAUACCCAGGCGCAACGUCGAGGAGUGGCGAGUCGAACUAGAAGAAAUCAUCGAGGUGGCCUCCCUCGACAGCGAACUAUGGGUCUCCAUGCUGUCGGAAGCGAUGAAAACCUUUCCCUCCACUGGCUCUCUAAACACAGACAUUUCAGAUCUCGACGAGCACCGUCCGAUUUUCGGCGAUCUCGUGAACGAUCUUCGAAAAUUACUGAAAAAGCAGAAUGAUCCUGCUAUGCUUCCGUUAGAAUGUCACUACCUGAACAAGACUGCAUUGACAUCCGUUGUUGGCAACCUGCCUUCGCCCACUAAACAUUUCACACUCAAGAGAAAACCAAAAAGUGCAGCUCUCAGGUCUGAGCUGCACCAAAAGAGUUUGGAUGCUGCGAGCAAUAUGAAAAAGAACACAGCACCUACAGUUCCUGUCAGGAGUAGAGGAAUGCCAAGGAAAAUGACUGAUACGACGCCACUGAAGGGAAUCCCCAGUCGAGUGCCAACCUCAGGUUUCCGCUCUCCCGCCCUCACAAGCUCGCCGAUGACAAACCGAACGCCGAUAGCGAGUCGGAUACGUAAGGACGGCGGUAUCAAGCUGCUGGAUAUAACCGAGCAGCCACUUGGUCACGCACAGGCCAAGCGUCGCAAGAGGAUGAUGGAGAUAGAGGAACAGCAGAAAAAAGCAGAGGAGGCGAAAGUGGCUGUGUCGACGACGGCGACUCCCACAACGCCGACGACCGAAGCCACGGCGACGCCGGAUUAUGCACAGGGUCUCGCGCCCAUCAGCACACCGGCGACUCCGGCUUCGACUACCGCCGCUACCACCACUUCGUUGCCCCAGCCAUACAGUACGCCCAUCAGCAGUGUUCCCGUCGCUGUUGUGGCACCUACUCCACAGACUCCCGCAACACCCACCACACCGACAGCAAUCGUAGUAACGACGCAACCUGUUAUCACGCCAGUCGAAACUCCUCCUGUUACCGUACAAACUGUCAGGCCGCCACAGACCGUCACUCAAAUUCGCAUAUCGACAAAUACCCAACAACAGGCAAAUACUGCGAACACGAGAAAAGGUCUUUCUCUCACGAGAGAACAAAUGUUGGAGGCUCAAGAAAUGUUCAGAACAGCAAACAAAGUCACCAGGCCGGAGAAAGCCCUCAUUUUGGGUUUCAUGGCUGGUUCAAGGGACAAUCCUUGUCCAAAGUUAGGUAACAUAGUGACGGUGAUGCUUUCGGAAAAUAUAGAAGAAGUGACACAGCCCGACGGCACAACUGUAUUAAUGCAGGUUGAAACGCAUUUCCAAAUGAACUAUACAAACGGAGAGUGGAAGCGUAUAAAGAAAAAUCGGCGUAUUGUUAAUGAUGAAUCGGCCAGUGCGGCCACGAAUCAAGUAGACGUUCCCACAAAAUAGGCUCUGUUCCGUUUUGUUUUUCCAUAACUUUAUCCAGAUUCAUCAAAUUAUCGACAUCACUCAAGUUGUGCAAAUAUUGAGAAAAAAUUAUGUACCAUUAUAUAUAGAAUUUAUUUAUAUAUAAGAAAUGUGCAGCUAUGCACAAUCUUUACACAACAUAUUGUAUGUGUAUAUAUUUGAGUUUACGAUUGUACACGACCAUGCAAUUCAUCUAAAAAGCGAAUUUAGUGCGAUAAAACAUAUGCAUAAUUAUAUAUAAUUUUUUCUCGUAGAUUAAUUGCUGGUUGUCUCUUGUUCUAAGAAGAAUUUAUCCGAUAAUCAUCGUGUAUAAAAUGUAAAUUAAGAUGCGAAAUCUAAUAUGAUUGCGUUAAAUUGCGUGCGCCGGAAUGAUCGAUUUAUUAAGCACCUCGCUCUAAUCUCGACGAAAUCGCACAUAGUCUUGUAAAUAAACUAAACUUGCAAGGGUUGUUUACCUUCUUUGAGAGGAUGUAAUUUGAAAGAGGGUAAAUUGUUUUAUCAAGUACAAAAGCGAUUGAUCAUAGAUAAAAAGUGAAUAUAGGGAAUUGAAAGUGGCGAAAAUUGCGCUUGAGAGACAAGUAAAUGAAAAAUAUUACUAUUGCUAUAAAAUACAAAUAUAUAUUAUAUAAAUUUA